CACAGCAAUACAUACAUCGCUGCAGACCACAAGGCAAAAGAAGUAACAACUGAAAUCCAAUAAUCAGAAGAAUGGAUCCCAGCCAAUCUUUCAAUCACCCUCCAGAAGCCUACAAUUCAUCUGAGAAAACAGUGAUGUUGCAGCCUGUAGCACCACCUCCAGCAUACCAGCACAAUCCUGCUGGAUAUCCUCCCUCCUUUCCAAGCCAAUCAGUCCCACAGGGGCCGUAUCCAGGACAGUCCGUGGUCGCUGUGCAACCUGCAGUUUUUGUGACCGCUGCUCCACUGGCCAAUCCAGUGCCAGAUUACUUGGGCUACUCCAUCUUCACAAUGCUGUGCUGCUGUUUGCCUUUGGGCAUUGCUGCGCUGGUUUUCUCCUGCUCUACUCGAGAUGCUAACUACUCAGGACGCAGAGAAUUAGCUGAGAGGAACUCCAAAACUGCGCGCACCCUGAAUCAUGUUGGUGUUGGUGUUGGCCUCAUUUCCCUUGUAGCGUUUAUUAUCUAUUAUGUUAUGGUACUUAACGAAAUCAACAAAAUGACAUCACAGUAUCAAUACAGGUACUGAGCUGUCAUGGUUGGAUGCAGAUUAUACAAACAAAUUUGAUUCUCUUAAUUUUAAAUGUCAUUUGCUUAAUGUGUCUAUAUUCACAAUUAAAACAUGCUGUAAAGGCUGAUUAUUAGUGGUUUAAAACAAUACAAGCUUGACCAGUUAAAAUCCUGUACUUAUUUUUGUUUUUGUGUAUUAUAGAAUUACAUUUGUUUAUUACAGAAUUGUUUAUUAUAGAAUUGCAUAACAAAAAUAUAUUCCCAUGCAUGAGCCUCAUUUGUAGAAAACUGUAAGUCUAACCAGCUGACUCGAGUUUUUACCACAUGAAAAGGUGCAUCUGAACAACUACAUGCUACUUUACGAGAAAUGAACUUUAAGAGAAAAGCAUGACAACCAUAAAUACCACAAAGACAGGGGGUUCCCGGUGAUCAACAUAAGUGAAACUGCUCAAUAAUAGAUCAAUAAUUGCUCAACAAUAAUUUUAUCUCAAAAUAAGACUUCUGAAUAAUUUUGGUCUGUAAUGUAAACAUGGACCAUUAAUAUAUACUGUAGUAAAUUUUAAACAGUAAAGAGCUGUCAUUCUUGUUUUGUAAAGACACUUUAUAAAAGAAAAUAUUUUAUAAUGCUACUUGUCCUUUGGUCAUUGUUUUAUGACAACGUGUGCUUGUUGGGUGACAACCCGACA